GUAAAAUCAAGCGCGCCCGGUCAGUGCGCGAUGCUCAUCUGUUCUUGAUCGCCAAGGGUCAAGUGUGAAUUAAAAAAGUGUUUUCAGAUACUGCUAUCGGAACGCGAGGAGUGAAAGUACUAAUUGUGCUUUGAUAUAUGGGCAGCUUAGCACUUGGAUUUGCAUAACAUAUUGGUGGAAGAAAUGGACGCCCUAAAAGUGAGCGAGGUACAGUUACUCCACUAUUGUCGCGAAUCUGCAGAUAAACAUCACGUCGGCGAUUAUGACCUUCUGUGGGCUGAAGUUGCCUCUCCAAUUUAUAGAAGAGGCGAGUCGUUUCACAUGGGAAUCAAGUUUGAUAGACCCUACGAUCCUGCAAAGGAUGCUAUCAGAAUCAAACUUGACUUCGGUGAGACUCCCAAGGUUCCACAAGGGACAAGGGCUGUGAUGAAAGUCGACCCCGAAAAGAAGGAAUUGCCCAAAGACGUAUUCAAAUGGGGAGUAGUACUGAACGAGACCAAAGGAGAAGAAAUAGUAGUGGAGAUCAGGCCUCCACCAAAUGCUCCGGUGGGCAUCUGGAAGUGCUUCGUCGUAACCUCAGUAGUAGACGUUCCUGGCAGACGUGAAGAAUUUGUCGUGCCAGAUGACAUCUACAUAAUCUUCAACCCAUGGUGUCCAGACGAUGACGUCUACAUGGACAACGAUGAAGAUAGAGAGGAAUACGUCAUGAACGAGACAGGGAAGAUCUGGUGUGGAACCUUCAAAAACCCCGAAGGAAAAAUGUGGAUUUUCGGACAAUUCGAUGAGAUCUCUCUACCUGCUGCAGUCUUCCUUCUAGAAAAAUCUAGAUUAGCGGCGGCUAGAAGAGGAUCGCCUACUAUGGUUUCCAGAGCGAUAUCAGCAGUGAUCAAUUCAGUGGACGACGAUGGGCUCUUGGAAGGCAGAUGGGAUGGCGAUUACUCAGACGGCACCUCUCCGUUCGCCUGGACAGGAUCCUUGGCUAUUCUGGACCAAUACCUCAACAGCGGUGGACAACCGGUCAAGUACGGGCAAUGUUGGGUCUUUUCUGCAGCCACGGUCACCGUUUGCAGAGCGCUGGGGCUACCUUGCAGGUCUACUACGAACUACAUAUCAGCUCAUGACACCAAUCAAACUCUCACAGUGGACAAAUAUUUUGACGUGUUUGGCAACAAGAUAGAGGAGAAGCAAGCUGACUCCUGCUGGAACUUCCACGUCUGGAAUGACGUAUGGAUGGCUAGGCCCGAUCUCAAGGAUCCCUUCUACAACGGAUGGCAAGUAAUCGAUGCUACACCACAGGAAGCUAGUGACUCUGUGAUGUGCUGCGGACCGGCUUCAGCAGCGGCUGUGAAAAGAGGUGAAACGGGGUUCCUGUAUGAUACUCCAUUCGUAUUUUCCGAAGUGAAUGCUGACAUAAUCCAUUACCAAGAAGAUCAGGAGGCAGACACAGAAUGGAGGCUGCUCUCGGUCAAUCCUAAACAUGUAGGAAGGAAGAUCGUAACAAAACAACCCGGCCCCACCGACGAAAAGACGGACUUGUCGGACAUGAUGGACAUAACGUCGCUUUUCAAAAACAAAGAAGGCACUGAAGACGAAAGAUUGUCAUUCUACAAUGCCCGAAGGAGUGCUCCAACGUCUCCGGAGCUGUACAGUGAUGUCAUGGCAAAAGUUGUUGAGGAUGUGUCUUUUCAAUUGGUGGACAUCGAUAGUGUGCCAUACGGUGACGAUUUUGUAGUCGUAUUGAAGAUUCAUAAUGAAGCCAGUGAAGCUAGAACAAUCAAAGCAGUCCUAUCAGCAAGCUCGAUACUCUACAACGGUGGCAGUAAUAAAGACAUUAAGAAAUCCAGAGGGACGUUUAAGCUGGAAGCAGGAAAAAGCAACGUGGUGUCAUUGAAGGUCUCAGCGGAAGAUUAUGUAGAAAAGCUGGUGGACCACGGUUUGGUGAAGAUUUACGCUAUCGUAAGCGUGGAGGAAACCAAACAAAUAUGGAGUGGAGAAGAUGACUUCAACAUGACAAUGCCUGGCGUUUCUAUCGACGUUGGAGGAGACUGCAGAGUUGGGGAAGGAUGCGAAAUUCAGUUCAAAUUCAAGAAUCCGCUGCGAGUUCCACUGGUUCAGUGUUCUUAUACGGUAGAAGGUCCUGGCCUAGCCAAACCUACAACCAAACCUUUCAGAGACGUUGAACCGCACGAAGAAGUCACAAUAAAGGAAGUGUUUACAGCAAAAAAGAAAGGAGCCAGGAAGGUUGUGUGUAAUUUCACUUCUAAACAGCUGAGGAAUAUCAGUGGUGGUACAAAAAUUGUUGUAGAAUAAAAAACAUAUAACGGCAAGGAUAUUACAUAACUUGAAAAGUGACAGUCUGUCAUUUUUUUGACAAUAUGUAGGUGGACAUUUUAUAUGCGGAUACAUUAAUUCUCAUGUAUCAAAAAUAAGCUAUCCGAUAUAGACAGAGUUGGUUAUGCCAAACUGAGUUCAAAUAAAAUCAUGCGAAUACUGCUGUCGUAACUGAGGUCUAUCCUCUCUCUAUACAUAUUUAGACAAUUGAUAGACCGUAUUGAUUGGCCUAACUUAGCAUUGCUAUGUAAUUUCAUUCAUUGUUCUUCCCCGAAACAAGCUCACACUUUCAUUGUGUUCUAAUAACAGAUAUCAUUGUAUAUAUUUCUGGUUGACCUGAUCAAUCUAUGUUUUCAAAGAUCAUGCAAUAAUGCGUCAAAACUGACGAUUUCAAGGUGUGAAGUUUUUCCUCUUCUUUCCUCGAAUUAUUUUUAUUUUUGAGUGGAUAUUUACCUCAAGUAAGCGUAAUUUUUAGAAUCUAAUACAAAGCAUGAUUUAGAAAUAUAUUUCGUUCAUUUUGCUUUUCACGUUAGUAAUCACAGUGUUUAGGCUUAAAAUCUAGAAAAUAUUUAACAUUUUGUGUAAAACAAUGGUUAACUAAACAUAAUUCUUACGAGCCUGCAAAAAAUUUAUUGUUUAUUAUUAGUAUAUUACUCUAUUUUUGUGUAUUGUUAUGUGUAUAUAAUAGUAGGAAUAUGUGUUUUUUAAUAUUUUGUAUAAAAGCUAUAAUAAAACAUGCUUCAGAAAUA